CGUUGUAGGUCUACUGCGCGCUCUCGUAACCAUGUCGCCAUUUUGAUUCGAAAAAUAUGACUGAGUUUUUCCUGCCUUGCAUGCUAAAGUUAGCCCCGCGUUUGAAUUACUUUGUGCGUGAGUACGAAUCAUACAUUCUAUAUCUUAAAUAACAGGCAUUGCUAUUAAUGUAAAGUAGCCGUUAACGUUGGAGAACUCUUUAUUUGAUAGACUUGAAAGCAACAUUUGGCUAACGUUAGCUAAGUUGAGCUAGCUAACAGUAGCCAGUGUUGUCGCAGACUGACCCCUUCUUCAAAACAAAUCACUAUUCGCUCACAGGCUAAUGUAUGUUAGCUAACACAGAUAGCUAGUAGUUAGCUGGAUAGCUAGUGACUUAAUAGCUGGUUGCUUGACGCAAAACUCCACCAACAAUCCAAUACAGACGGGAGGAAUAGCAGCGGACUUUCAAUCAAAGGUUAUGGUGAGCGUCUCAGUGUCUCAUCUCCUAAAGAGGCCUGCGUUUUAAGAGGAGACCCAUGCUGAUAAAUGCCAGGCCUCGCCACACUCUCUGUUGUCUGCACAAACACAAAUGCCUGCCUGCCCGAGGGGGAGGUCUGAUUAAAGAUAUCCACAUUUCAUCCACUGGGCUGUGUCCCCCGUCCCAGCGGCAACCAUGUUUUGGAAGUUUGACUUGCACACCACCUCCCACAUCGACCAGCUGCUGGACAGGGAGGACGUGACGCUGAGAGAACUGAUGGAGGAGGAUGACGUCCUGCAGGAAUGCAAGGCCCAAAACCGUCGACUGCUCCUCUUCCUUUCCCAGGACCACUGCAUGCAGGAGCUGGUCAGCCUCAUCACCACAGAGCCACCUGUUGAUCUGGAGGAGCGGAGCCGCUUUAAAUUUCCCAACAUUGCUUGUGAGCUCCUGACAUCAGAUGUGUCCAUUAUAAACGAUAAGCUGGGUGCGGACGAUUCUCUCCUCGAGAUGCUCUACCACUUCUUGGAGCAGGACCCACCUCUCAACCCGUUACUGGCCAGCUUUUUCAGCAAAACUAUCGGCAAUCUCAUUGCCAGGAAAACCGAACAGGUUAUUAGCUUUCUAAAGAAAAAGGAAGGCUUCAUUGGCCUGGUGCUGAAACAUAUUGAUGCCUCUGCCAUGAUGGACCUGCUGCUUCGCCUCAUCAGUUGUGUGGAGCCUGCCCCCUUGAGGCAGGAGGUCCUCCAUUGGCUGAAUGAGGAGAAGCUGGUACAGAGACUCACAGAGCUCAUCCAUACUGGUAAAGAUGAGGAGAGACAAUCAAAUGCGUCCCAGACACUUUGUGACAUCAUCCGCCUUAGUCGAGACCAGGCCAAUCAGAUGCAGGAGAAUGUGGAGGCUGACCCACUAUUGGCCGUACUAGAGUCGCAGGAGAGUGUGGCGGGGCUCCUCAAGAACUUGUUUGAGGGGGAGAGGAGCGAGGCCUCCAUCGUUAACGGAACUCAAGUGCUACUUACCUUACUGGAGACCAGGAGGUCUGGGUUGGAAGGGCUGAUGGAUCUGUAUUCUCAGGGUUAUGAAAGGUCUUACACUGUCAACAGCAGUAUUUUAAAUGCCAUUGAGCCCCAUUUAAAGGACUUCCAGCAGCUUCUUCUGGACCCCCCCAAGAAAAGUGCAAUAUUGACGACCGUUGGCGUUCUUGAGCAGCCACUGGGGAACGCCCGCCUUCACGUGGCCCGGCUGGUGGCCGCCCUACUGCAGACCAAUGCCCCCAGUAUCUGCCAGGAGCUCUGCAAUCUUGCCACCAUGGACCUACUACUGGAUCUGUUCUUCAAAUACUCCUGGAAUAAUUUUUUGCACUUCCAAGUGGAGCUGUGUGUGGCGGCUAUCCUGAACCACCCUUCCUCAGAGGAGCGUCCCAGCCCAGGCCUCCAGAACCACGACGGGAAGCCUGCAGCAUCUAACGCCGAGGUGCAAGGGGAGGCAGUGGAGACAGGCAGGACCAUUGACCCACAGACCUCCAUCCACAAUGCCCUUGUGGCACAUCUUUUCCAGAAGUGUCGAUUGGUACAGAGGAUUCUUGACGCCUGGGAGGAAAAUGAUAGAAUACAGUCUGAGGGCGGCACCAGGAGAGGCAACAUGGGUCAUCUGACCAGAAUUGCUAACAUGGUGGUCCAGAACCUGGAGAAAGGACCAGUACAGGCCCAGAUCACUGACCUCAUCAAAGAGCUGCCAGAGGACUGCAGAGGUCGCUGGGAGAGCUUCGUGGAUGAGACCCUGAGAGAGACUAACAGGAGGAACACGGUAGAGCUGGUAAGCACCCACAACAUGCACUCGUCCAGUGAGGACGAUGACAUGGAGAGCCCUUUCCCCAACGACCUGUCUCUCCAGCAGGCCUUCUCCGACUAUCAGAUCCAACAGAUGACUGCCAACUUUGUGGAUCAGUUUGGGUUCAACGAUGAGGAGUUUAGUGAGCAUGAUGAAAAUAUCAACGCCACAUUUGACAGAAUUGCCGAAAUAAACUUCAAUCUAGAUGCUGAUGAUAAUAGUGCCAAUGCGGCUGCUUUUGAAGCCUGCUGUAAAGAGAGGAUACGCCAGUUUGAUGAUGCUGAAGAGGAAGAGGACAUUUGGGAGGAGAAGGAGAUCAACUAUGCAACACAAGCUAAAUCCAGAACAAGGUUUGGAGUCUCCCAAACCUCAGAGGGCAGCUCCAGGAGCAGCAUGGAGAACGGAGGCAGGGAGCAGGACCGCGGAUCUGAGUCUGAUGAGGACGAAGAUUCUGAACAGAACGCGUCAGACACAAGUCCAGGCUGGACAGCGAAUUUCAGGGACUCUGGAGGGACUGCAGCAUCCCAAAACCAGGCAGGGUGGGACAGCUCAGCCGGGGGUGGAGCAGAGACACAGGAAACAGGCUGGGCCAACUUCACUGAGUUCCAGCCUUUCUCCGGCACAGAAACGAAUCCCAGGUGCAGCUCUCCCGUGGAUGGCGGAGCCGCUGAUAAACAAGCCAAACAAAACCACGAGAAAAGUGCAGAUGCUGGUGCCUCUCCUGGUACUUGGCCAGUGGGAGAAGGGAGGAAGGCUCCUCUCGUGGCCUCAGACAGCAGCUCCUCUGGGGGAUCGGACAGCGAGGAGGACGACAAAAAUGCUGGUGCUUCUCCAACCGCAGCCAUCACCUCGGAAAAGGCUGGCGCCCCUGGCAACAAGACAGCUGACCUCAAAAGUGAGGAGAGUCCGGUGUCUCUGGAGAAACUCUCUUUGUCAGAUCCUCCUAAAACGUCAGAGCAGCCGCCUGCGGAGGAUUCACCUGUAAACACACAGACUGAAAGGAAAGAGGAAACGUCACCUCCCCAAGAAGUGUCAGUGAACGGACCGGUCUGAGCGAAACCCCGGCACAGAGAUCCACCAGUGACGGAGCCGCGGACUGUCAGCCUCCUCCAGAGUGACUCCCCUAAAUAACCUCACUGCAACUAUGGUGUUUUUACUGAAUCACUCUGCCAUGUUAUUGGACCUGGACACUGCCAAUCAACACCAAUAAUGAGGCGGCGGAACAUGUAAAAAAAAAAAAAAAAAUCUAUAUAUAUGAAAAAUGAGAAAAAAAACCAACACAGGACGGAGUGUAGAGGAAUCAUCUUCAAAGCCUUUUUUCCGAUGUUGCACAUAAUUACGUGCGGUUUUAAUGUAGCAGCGACAGAAUCCGAGGGGUAACAUCAUUAUUAUUUUUUUAUGUCCUGAAAGAUUUCUCUCCUUCCUGUUCACAGCUGUUGGAACCCAACUGUUAGGGAUUUUACAUUGUCACCCCUGAAUGGAUAGCACAGGCUAACUUUUAACAAUGCCUCAACAAUAAACACCGUUUUUUGAAAACAUUUUUUUUUCUCUUCAAGCUUAAGAAAAAGCACUUAUGCAGCCAUUUUACUGUACAUGAUAGCACAAUGUAAGUGUUCUACCCUCAUCUCUGCUGGCUGUCUUAUCUGCCCUCACCCCACCCCCACCCCCAAUUGAGGUUUUUCCCAUUUUUUUUCUCUUUGGUUGCUGUUGAUGAAACAUCUCUUGUCGUACAUCACCAGGUUUCUGAAUGUUUUGAAGUGCUUCAGGAGGGUCCGAGGAGGAGGAAGAGGAGGAGGAGGGGGCGGGUCAAUGAACAGAGUUCUAAUAGUAUUACUGUCUUUUGCUCAUGUGCAAUAAUGUCAAUUAGCUAUUUUAUUUAAAAUUGAAAUUCAGCAUUUUGUUUUUUUUAAAGAAUCGAUCUAGCAUUGGACUCAUUUGGUAGUUUUGAGCAAACAAAUCUGGAUUUAAUCUCAACUUGAGGUUUCUGAUUUUUAAAUUUUCUUUUGUUUUUUCUUUGUAGUGCAUGUAUAACUGGUUCUCUGUUGACCUAGCUAGUGAGCUAAGACCUUCUGAUUGUAUUGACCUUUAAGUUCUUAUUGCUAUCCCCCUUAAAUCAACCAAACAUUAUCUACCUAUAUACAAAUAUUAUCUACAUUUAAAAGUAAUUUUACAAGCAAUCUUGAGAUUACUAUUGUUGUCUGUUCCUUUUUUUUCUCUCUCUCUGUCUCCACCAAGCACUUACUCACAGGACGAGAGUGGCAUCUGGUCAGAGUGAUGCUGUAUGUUUUUUUUUUUUUUUUUUUUUUUUUUUCUUUUUUUUUUUUUUUUAAGUUUAAUUUUAUUUCUCUCUGAGCAGCAGGAUUGGAAAGAGGACAGGUCUGGGUUCUGCAGAGCUCCAGGCCUCUUUGGUGUACUUACUUAAAUCAUUUGACAGCGAUCAGGUUCUACGAUCAUUGUUAAAAAAAAAAAUUGAAAUUAAAAGCGUCUGGUUGACCACAUUAAUACCAAAAGCUUCACUUCACCCGUCUGGUUGUUGUCUGUCCAUCUUUACAAACAUCCAGCUGCCUGACAGGGACCACAUACACCCCAAUAGAGGUUUUAGGUCACUGGACUAAAAGUGUUUUUCCCUCUUCAAGAGGUGCAACACAGGUGAUUGCUCCAUCUUAGUUCUUUUAGACCUCAGUAGAUCACAACAUCAGUGCUGUGGCUUUAAACUUGUUCAGGUCCUGUCUUUCUAACAGAUGUUUCUGUGUCAAUGGCUGGUUCAGUCUCAUCCUCCACUAACUCACCCUCAGUGUCCCUCAAGGCUCAAUCCUGGGUCCCCGUUUUCGUGUUCCUCUGGCGGCGACAACCAGAGCUGGAGACAUUGUUUUCAGGUUGUCUGUCCUUCCCCUUCUCGUGGACACGAUAUCUCAGUAACACCUUGAGGGAACUUGGCACAAACAUUCACUUGGACUCAAGGAUGAACUGAUUAGAUUUUGGUGGUCAAAGGUCAAGGUCAAAGUGACCUGAUAAAACAAUUUUUAGCCAAAACGCCAGACUUCACACAGAAAUUAUGACAAAAUCUCACACAAAUGGUUCGUAUUUUCUGACUCUGGAUAAACAGGGAUGUAACUAGUCUGAGUGGAGGAGACAGACAACCACAAGGAGGUAAUCCUAGUUUUCCAUUUACAUGCUCCCUCUCUGCGACAUCUGUAAAUUCAAUGUCCAUUUUCACUGCUACACUGAUGACACACAACUUUACCUACCAAUCAGACCUGGUGACUAGUCCAACAACCAUCCACAACUCCCUUACUGAAAUAAAAUUCCAGAUGUCAGACAAUUUCUUACAAUUAAAUCACAAGCUGAUGUCAUCGUAUUUGGUCACCCCCACAAAAAGAAUCCAAAUUACAGAAAACUUAGGUCAAUUAACAAAUGCAAUUAAGCGCUUAGGCAAAAAUCAUGGAGUAAUUUUCAACCAGGAUUUGUGUUUUACACCCCAGGUGAAGAAAGUUGUUCAGCCAUGUUUUUAUCACUUUCUCUUUUUAUUAAAUUCUUUUAAUGACUUAUGGCCAGGUUUCAGCUGACACCUCCCCAUAUUUCUGAGCUUUUAUCCCCUAUGAUCCAGGACUCAGUCUGAGAUGCUCUGGUCAUUCACUGCUGACCAUUCCAAGGUCUAGCUUAAAAACUAAAGGUGAUGGGGUCUUUGCCGUCAGGACCCUAAAUUUUGGACCAACCUGCCAGAGGAGAUCAGGCUCUCAGUUCAGUUCAGUUUUACCUCCUUCACUACUUAAGACUCACUUGUAUAAAAAAGCUUUUAUUGUGUAAUGUCUUUGUAAUUAUCAUUUACAUUUCACUUUGAUUUAUUUGGAUGUUUGAUAUUUAGCUAAUGUGAAGUGCUUUGUUACUUGUAUUGAAAAGUGCUAUACAAAUAAACUAUUAUUAUUAUUAUUAACACA